AUGAUACAAGAGUUGAAAAAACUCUUGCUUCCAUUGCAGCUUUGUUUACACACAACUUUCAGGGAGCUUCUCUCAUUGUCUGCUGCAUUAGUGGAAGCCCGUCAAGAUCAAAUGGAGAAACCAUUCAUUAGAAAUUAUGGCAGUCAACUCCGGUUUGUAUUUCUAGUCAUCGUUGUUUUUUGGAUCUUGUUGCUUCGUAUUUAUUAUUCAUGUGUCACAGGUAGCAAGUUUGAUAUUAAACUUUUAGUAAACAGUUAUGUGAAUGCUUACCUUGGGAACAACAACAAUAUAACCAAGGUAAAUUUAGAUUUAUGUCUGGGUCGACAUAUCUAUAUACAUGAUCUUCCAAGCCGGUUCAAUGAAGACGUGGUCAAGAAUUGUAAUUUUACUGUCCCAGGAACUAAUAAAUUUCCUCUCUGUAAAUACGCAGAGAACUCAGGUUAUGGUCCUCAGAUAGAAAACUCUUCUAGGAUUUUAUCCAACAAAAGUUGGUUUGCAACAAACCAAUUUUUAUUAGAAGUUAUUUUCCACAACAGAAUGAAAACAUACGAGUGCUUAACCAACGAUUCAUCAAUUGCAUCAGCAAUUUUUGUACCAUACUAUUUAUGUCUAGAUAUUAUGCCAUAUCUAUGGGGUAAUUUCGACUUGUCGAUGAAAGAUUCACCUGGUCUUAAUCUACUCAAAUGGGUAGCAGAAAGACCUGAAUGGAAACGAAUGUGGGGUAGAGACCAUUUCUUAAUCGGAGGAAGGAUUGCUACUGAUUUCAGGAGAGAAAUAGACAGAAGAGGUGCCUGGGGAAGCAAGUUCAGAUUUUUUCCUGAAUCAAAUAACAUAACAAUGUUAUCAAUUGAAGCAAGUCCUUGGAACAACGACCUGGCCAUACCAUAUCCGACAUCGUUUCACCCUUCUGAAGACAGUGAGGUGGUGGAGUGGCAGGACAGAAUGAGAAGACAAGAGCGACCAUAUUUGUUCUCUUUCUCCGGUGCCCCACGGCCCUCUAUGAAAACUUCUAUUCGGAGUAUUCUCAUCGACCAAUGCCAAGCUUCGAGUAGUACGUGUAAAUUGCUGGAUUGUAGAGAGGGUGUAACCAAUUGCGAUAACCCAAUUCAUGUGAUGAAACUCUAUCAAAGUUCAAUAUUUUGCUUACAGCCUCCCGGGGAUUCAUUGACCAGAAGAUCAGCAUUCGAGUCUAUUUUAUCAGGUUGUAUUCCAGUUUUUUUCCAUCCGGGUAGCGCUUAUAUGCAGUACACGUGGCAUUUAACCAAGAAUUAUACUAAGUAUUCUGUAUUUAUACCAGAGAAAAAUCUAUGGGUGAGGGAAUUUAGGGUUAAUAAGACAUUGAUUAAAUUUUCAAAGGAAGAGGUAGCGGCCAUGAGAGAGGAAGUUAUAAGGUUGAUUCCAGGGAUAAUAUAUUCAGAUCCUAGGAGGGUUAGAAAGGAUGAGAUUCUUGGAGAUGCAUUUGAUUUGGCAGUGAAGGGAAUUCUUGAGAGGAUUGAGAAAUUCCGAAGUGCAAUUAGAGAGGGGAAGGAUCCUAGUAUUGGUUUUGCUGAACGCAAUAACUCGAAAUUCAAAGAUGCAAAUAUAGUGUGA